AGGCUCUUAGCUCCAUACCGUACACACGGGGUUGCAAAACCUCCACCCUUCAACCACACGCACACGACCAGGACGACUACACGACGACAACAGCAGCCGUAGCUGCCAUCACCAGAACAAGAUGGACGACAUGCGGCCCCUCGCCUACGGGGUCAUUACUGCGCUUUUUCCCAUCGCCAUGAUCACAAUCCCGAUGCGCAUUUGGGUCCGAGGAGUUGCCCUGCAGGCCCUCAGCUGGGACGACUGGAUGAUGGCAAGCAUGCUGAUCUUCUUCCCCACGCAGCAAGCCAUUCUGUACUUUUUCCUCGACAAGGGCGCCGGCGAGCACCUUGAAGUAGUCCUGGCGACACGACCCGAGGUCAUGACAGACCUCCUCAAGGUAGGCACAGGCGGGCAUCCCGAAAGGGGUUUUGCGAACGAAACACAACUAACACGAGACGGUGGCCAGGGUCUCCUAGCCGAGGAGUUCUACUAUGUCUGGAUGCAGUUCAGCGUCAAGCUGUGCUUUUUGCUCUUCUUCUUCCGUCUCUCCAGCCAGCGGCCAUUCCGCAUUGCACUGUGGUCCGUCAUUGUCUUCCAUGUCGGGUCCACCAUUGCGAUAUGGCUGCUCUAUGCCUUGCAAUGCCAGCCGCUGGAGGCCUUCUACUAUAAAGAGCGCUACCCGGACGUCCAGUGCAUCAGUAACGAUAUCGCAUACUUUAUCCCCUACUCGCUGAACCUUUUUGUGGACGUCUGCAUCUUCGUCCUUCCCCUCCCGACCAUCAUCACACUGCAAAUGUCGAGCAAGAGAAAGCUGGCCGUCAUUGCCGUCGUCACCGCCGGUGGCUCGGCCGUGCUGUGCGGCGGCCUGCGGGCCAUCAUCCUCUUCGAAUUCUCCGAGUCCCCCGACUUCACCUGGGCGCUGGGCAAGAUGGUCAUCAUCUCGGCCGUCGAGAUCGACAUGGGCAUCAUCGCCGCCAACAUGCCGGCCAUCAAGGCCUUUUACAAGUGCUGGCGCCAAGGCAAGCUCGGGGCCGGCCAGGGCAAGUAUCUGGAGAACAGCAGCGCCGGUCAAGCCUCGGCCGGCUCCCGGAGUGCCGGGCUGGAGCUCUCCAGCAACGCGCCACGGUCCAAGACCGGCGCCGCCGUCCACGUGGGGCCCAGGGAGCGGCUACCUUCGACGGAGAGCGAGAGGGAACUCUGGGAGCUCCCUAGGCAGAAGCCCAAGAAAGCCGAAUACGAGAGCUCAUGGCGCAGUGAAGAGGUUUCGACAUAGGCAGGCCCCCAAGUAUAGUCCUUUCGACAUGCAGUUGAGCGAUGGGAGUAACAAGCUCGAUAUCAGCUGGACCACAUCAUACAUCGCUGUACAUGUAUGAUAUGAGGUCCAAGUUGCAACCCGUCGUCAGGAUUGUAAAAAUAAUGUUAGCGGCUGGAAUUGAGUAUUUUGGGCAUGUUCUAUCAGUUCAUGAUUCUACUGAGUUACGUAGAGACG